AACAGCGUUCCGGACCUCACAGGCUAUCAAGAACCCCCGCCAUCAUGCUGACAGACCACCAGGAGGCUGCCGCUGGCGAGGACUGGGAGCUGGUCAGCUCCAGCGACGACGGGCCGGCCGACGAGGCGGCGCUGGUGGCGACCUUCUUGCUGGCAGAGCCCAGCGCAGCUGGGCUGGCCGCUGCGGCGGGCAGGAUUAUCGGCGGCGGGGAGAGCGGCGAUGAGGAGGGCGACAAGGGCGCCGCCGCCGCCGCACUGGCUGGCGCUCCCGCCCCCGGCAGCCCCGAGCUCGCGCAGCUGCUGCUCCUGACGGCGGCGCCGGCGCCGGCGCCGGAGGGCGGCGCCACGGCCGAGCACGCCGCGCUGCUGCCGGCGGCGGCAGGCACGGGCCCUGGCGCAGGCGCCUUUGGUGCAGCACAGCGUGUGGCAGCGGAGGCUGCUGAGGUGGCAGCAACCUCGGAGGUGUUCCGCAGCCGCCUGGCCGCCCUGCCGCCCGCCCAGGGCGCUCGCGCGGGCGCCAGCAGCGCGGCAGCCGAGCGUGCGCCGCCCCCACAGCAGGCUGCUAGGCCUCCUGCCAGCGUGACGCUGCGCGUGGUGCGCGCCGACGAGCAGGAGGCGAUGCUGAGGGCGGUGGCGGAGAUGGAGAGGAGGUCGUCGCAGCGUGAGCAGGAGCUGGCGCUGGCGCGCAUCCGCCUGACCAGCGCGCAGGCGGCGCUGGCCCAGGAGUCGCGCGAGGCGCACCGCUUCCGCCGCAUCGCCAUGGUGGCCUGCUCCGUGUGCGCCUUCCUGGGGCUCAAGGCGCUGCUGGGCGGGCCGCUGCGCCAAGCUGGCGUGGCAGCCGCCGGCGCCGUACAGCCGGCAGCGGCGGCAGCCCGCGGGGUGGGCCUGACGGCCCACUCGGUACAUGAGCCGUGUGCCGCUGCGGCGGCGGCGGCGCGGGAGCUGGAGGGCAGGGUGGCGGUGCUGGUGGAGCCGCUGGUGCCGGGCCUGGCUGGCUGAGGCUGCCGCUGCCAGGGGCGGCAGCUUUGAGGAAGCCGCGUUUUGAGCAACGGCCAGGGCUGUUUCGGCAGCCCUCUGCGGUGUUGAGAGGUAGCGGUUUCAGCAGCCCCCUGCGGCGAGGCGACAGCGCUGCCACGUAGAGGCAGGAGCGCCACACAGCCGAUGUGGAUGAUGCGGCGGCUAGCAGUCCGCGAACGAAUACAUAUACAGCGAUGAACCAGCAGCGACCCCAGGCGACUUCUUUCUGCCCUGCCGUGUUGCUCAGCUCUGUCACAUGUGUCUAUAUGGAGGCCGCCAGGGCCCUCCAAACCGCCGAUGAUCGGGCCGAGCGAUCAUUCUUUUGGAACUUGAUGCAUGCCAUGUGUUUUGCUCCCACCUGUACCCUUGCAUCCACCGUAUGCCGGUGUCGACACCCUACUAGGCAGUACCUGCCCGCCUGGGAGGCAACCCAGUUGGCCAGCCCAUACCCUCUCUACCUCAUCCCCUCUUUGCCUCAUCCGGUGGAGUCAUUUUGCGAUCACCGCUUCUUCACAGCACAACCCUAAACCUAAAUGCAUGCAGUGUAACUCCAAUGUACAGCUA